UUUCUAUUCACUCCGUUCCCGUUCCUCGCUGCUUUCCACUUUCCAUUUCACGUGAUUUUUCGAUAGUUUCAAAGUCGACGAUCCGCAUGCACAGUUCGGUUCGAUCUCGAAACACGCGAUCGCUCGGCGAUUUUCAAAGUCGCGAAAUAAACGAUCCACCUGCUACCUGUUGAGAAGCGAUCGAUCGAGAAUUCCAAGCGUCGACAGCCAUGCGAGGCAUCGUUUUAGUCCGAUCCUCGGCGAUCGAGGAGGAAUUGGACGCAGUCGAGCGAAAGAUUGGAGAAGACUGGGGCGCAGGCGCGAGAGUCGAGCAUCGGUGAUGAAAGAACAAUGGAUCGCGUUCGAUUUACGUUGGAGCGAUUCUACGCUCUCGACUUGCGGUCGAAGCAGACUCGAAAACCUGUCCGGUCGCAUUCCUGUCGAUCGCCCACGCGACUGCGAAACUGUUUCUCCCUUCGGCCGACGCGUUCGAGCUAACGAACUAGGAUUUCUACGUUUCCGGCGCGCGCCAUCGACAGGACCACAGCUUGUUCGUGAAUUUCGCCGCGGUACCAGUCGCGACGCUUCUCCCUCUCGUUCUCCAAACUCCUUCCAUCUCCUUUGCCCCCUCGUUAUUUCUCCCCCUCUCGUCUGCUUCGUGACAUCGCAUCGCGUCGAACACGCUGCUGCGUCGUGUCGAGUUUCGGAUCGUUCGGAGAUCGACGAGAGGCCGUCGGCUAAAAUCGAUCGGUACCGUGUGACGCGUCGGAAUUUCCUCGGCGAAACGGAUCGAACGCGUCCGCGAUAGAAACGGGAGACGCGAGCGAGUCGAUCGAAAAGCGGCGAGGUCGAAUCGGCCCGGCUUGGCAAACGAUUGUUCAACGACCAACUACGUGUACUCGCGAUACCUGUGAUGAGUCACGUCGCGUUCUCCUCGUCCUUCUUACCGAACUUAUCGUCUUAACUAUGCCGUUACACUAGUUAGAGCUUGGACGAAUGGUUUUCAGAAUCGAGUGGAGCAUGGUCCCGUUCGAUCACCGUUAAACGAUGAAAGCACCGAUCGGUUUGCUCGCGCUGGCACUGUUGACCAUAGGAGCCGCGGGCGCCGCCUUGAAUCCGAAUGGAGUCCUGUGCGGCGACGUACGUUGCACCACCGUCGAGUACUGCAGCCACCACGAUAAACAUUGCAAACCCUGUUCCAACAUCUGCAACGUGACCGGUCGCAACUAUGAGCCCGUCGAAUGCAGCACCGAUUGUCAAGAGUACCUGCACGAUCAACGAUACGUCCUUCUCGAACAGUACAACGAUCUGCGAGGGGAAGUCGGAAGAUUAUGGAUCCUGGUGGCGGUGUCGACCACCGCGGCGGUUUUCUCGCUACUCUCCUCGAUGUACCUGCUCGCGAAGAUGUUCCCGAGAUGGGUAAAGAUGCGAGCCGCCUUGGCUCGAUUAUUCACCGGAAAGUGUACGAAGGUGAGGAGAGAGACCAGUCUUUCAUCGGGAUCGAAAGUAUCAACCCCUUUUUUUCAGAGGGCGAACAACGGUAACAAUCGGCGCAGUCACAAUAAUAAUAACAAUAAGGUGCAGGAGGACGCGGAAUCAGGCACGGUGAAGCACAACGGAUUGAAACUGACGAUGCCGACGAUAAGCGCGAGCGUGGCUCCUUCUCGAGAGCCCGAACGCGGAACCGGAAACGAGAGUGGAAGCGCGAGCGGGACCGGUAGCAGAAGCGGAAGCGGAAGCGGACCGUGUCACGCGACCCCGAACACAACCACCACCUCCUUAUCGGGGAGGCAUCCGAGCGAGGACACCACGCUGGAUUAUGCUUACGAUAAUCCAGCGAUGACCCCUAGCCCGGAAACCGCUCAGCUUCGAGCGAAACGCGAGAGUUCCUUCUAAUGGUGCAACUCUCGCGAAACCAGUAUUGUACAUAUACAAAGUAAUUUUAAGUACUUAAAAAGCUACGCGAGGAAUCACGCGUUCCUUAACAGAGAUCCUUAUCAGCCAUUCCGUCCACGAAAGGCCUUUCGAGCGAAGCCGUGUCACGGUUCGCAUAGGUCAGCGACGGUGAACGCGGUGCGACGAUCGAUAAUCGUCCGAAGAACGCGCGCGUUUAGCUCAACUCGAAUGCUCAAUCGCCUUAUGCCUUUGGAAAACAGCGCGCGUUCCUGUCACCUUUAUUCAUUUUCAUUCUCUUUUCAACCCGUUUGGUCGUCGACUCGCGCAAACUCCGUUGACCUUAGUAUCGUAAGUAAAUUCGAGCCCGCAACGAGCAGCGAUCUCGCCUCGAACCGACGUCUUCCAAGGCAAACUUCGUUCUCGAGACGGAUCGCCGGUCGUUCCGUGCGGGAGGAGAGAAUCAAUUUGUACCCUGAUCGUUCGUUAACCUCUACAGUAGGUAUUUUUAAUUUUAAGACGAUUUUCGUUGUUGUUGCUAUUGUAGUUUGUACGAAUAAACGCAAGUACGUGCACUUGAA